AUGGAACUCGACGCCGGCAGCAAGGCGGGCGAUCGUAGCGUCCGUGAGUUUUACGAUGGUAUUUUCCACUCACCACUCUACACAGAGCACCACCUCGUAUGUUGUAAUGUGGGUUUUCAUCGUAAUGAUACAUCCACAAACUCGAGCGCAGUGGCCAUCGCAACCACUGCUAUCGGAACUGUAGACUUUACCAGCAAAUUUCAUGCGCAGCAUCAAGCAGACAGAUCUCAACUGCAGCUAUAUGACAAGCUAAUGGAUGUCGAUGCGCAGCACAAUAUGCGAAAGAACAAGGUUUUAACUAUACUGGAUAUAGGAUGUGGUGCAGGUGGCGGUCUAUGUGAACUGCAAAUGUUGUAUCCUCACGCUGAUAUCAUGGGUUUAGAUAUAUCAAGUCAAGCAUUAGAACGCAGUAAGGAGGUUUGGGAUCGUUUCACAAAGCAGACGUUAGAGUUUCAAGAACGAAAACUACAGCUUUAUCAUCACUCAUGCGAGAGAAUGAAGGGAUUACUCACUCAAUCGAUAGACGUAGUCGUUGCUGUGCAGAGCUUGCAAGAAGUGCAGAAUUUAACUCAAGCAAUGAAUGAGAUUGCACGUGUACUAAGACCUGGUGGACUUCUGUUUGUUGCGGAUUUCAUUCCAUCUGACGCGGCAUCAGAUCACUUAAAGCAGUCGAUUUUGUCCCCCACUUUGUCUGAAGAUGACCAAGUUUCACUUUUUGAAGUCGUACACGAGCAAUUGAUAUCGUACGAAGCAGCGAUGAGUGCAAAACUUAAUUCUGACAACAUACGACAGUUGAUACAUGAAUUGACACCUCAAAAGUUUCAUGAAGAGCUCGAGACUGUUUUCUUAAUCGAGAACUCACCGCUCUAUGAACAAAUGCGUCAAGACCGAAUGAGCUUUCGCUUGUUGUGUCUACGGAAAACUGGUUUAUAUCAUGAAGAAGAUAUCCAACAAGAGUGGAUUGAUGAGAGCGUGGACUCUUCAUCAGAUGAAGAGAUUCAGGAUGAUGAUAUGCCCAAUUACUACCCAUACCAAGACCUCUUUCCACAACUUGACCGUUUAAAAAAAAAUUUCGAUGUGAUAUUAAAAGAGAUGCAAGCCGUGCAAGAGAUCGCUAAGUGGCCAUUUUGGCCGGAGAAACACUAUAACGAAGGCGAUAGCGAAUGGCGUGUCUUUCCAUUUUGCUACACAUUUCCAGCCUUUGACGCAUCCAAAACGACGUGGGUACCUUCCACAUGCUUGAUGUGUCCACGUACAACAGAGAUCCUUAAAAGCCUACCAAACAUUCGUACUGCAUUGUUUUCGAAGCUUGGUCCUAACAUGACUUUGACUGCACAUCGAGGCUGGGCAGACUUAGCUAACCAUGUUCUUCGAGUCCAUUUUCCUCUUAUAGUACCUACGCUAUUCAACGGCGAUCCAUGCUGUGCUAUGGUGGUAGGUGGAGAGACGUGUUACCAUAGCGAACGUAAAUUUAUAGUGUUCGACGACAGCAAGCUGCACUACGCAUUCAAUCACCAUCCUGAAGCAACGCGAUUAGUUUUGAUUGUUGACUUUUACCGACCAGAUCAUUUGCCUAAAGGUCGUGCUCGUGGAGGUCAUACAGACGAGCUGGAUGAGUUUAUCGAGAAUUUUGGCAAACAGUCGUUGCUUGAUGAUACUGGAUGA